UCCAAUCUGGCCUGGACGACAACAUCACCACCAAAUUUCGACACUUACACCACUUACGCCACUUACACAUACUCACUCCCUUCACGUCACUCCUUUAAUAAACCUACCACGACCUUGAUUUUUACGCGGGUGACGGUUCUAUUACCAUCUUAUAAUCUCAUCAGCCUUCGUACAUACAUACACAAAAUUAUAAUCAAUAUGACGCGUGCGCAACAGACCAUCUCCGUCGGCCUCCUUGUCACCUCUCUCUAUCUCGCCCUGUACCUGAAUCUCGUCCCUCUCCCCGAACUAGUGCAGACCGAGAUCGUCCCUGUUCUCCCCUUCUGGGCCCUCGUCUCCUUCGGCGCAUACUUACUCUUCCGCCUCGGUUGGAACGUCAUGACCUUCCACGAUGUUCCCGAGGCCCACAAGGAACUUACGGCUGAGAUCGAGUUGGCCAAGACCGACCUCCGACGUCUAGGUGUUGAGGUGGAUUAAUUACGGUCGCGAAGAGCGGUGGUAGAAUGAGAUAGAAGGGUCAUAGGGAUGGAGAUUGUCAUGUCAUACACAAACCACCUAUCUUGUUCCUACAGUUAGUUGUAAACUACAGCUUUCUAGUUUAGGACGGGGUGAGGGCAUGUCGAUAGAAAGAAAUUAAUUACCACAAGACCUGCAAAUGUUAUGGAUUGCCCAUUGGCAAUUUAUUAAUCUGUUCCCGGCUCUGUACUUGUAGCUACCUGAUCCAGGACACAUAAUAAUCAACAAGAGGGCAUUACCAAAAUUACCCAGUCAUA